UUUCGGGGCACACCACUUCCUCUUUCCUUUCUUUCGCUCCUUUCCUUACCUCGGUACCUUUUGAGAAUGCUUCAAUGCAGCUCUCGCGCCUCCUGUUCUGCGUCGCCCUACUCUCGGCCCCGGUAGCCCUCGUCGGAACGACAUGGCUGUACUUCUACCCGCUGUUCGACGACAGCUGCGGCUUCCCCCAACCCCCGAAUUCGAUCGCGCCCUUCAGACUCCUCGCACUCGGUGACCCGCAGCUCGAAGGCGACUCGUCGCUCCCGAAACCUGGCGCUGCCGUCUUCCCCUCCCUCCAAUACCUCGCCAAUGAUGUGCGCAAUGCCGGAUCAUGGCGCCGGGCGUGGUAUCUCGCAAAGCAGGGCGUGAUACCCGUGCCGAGGGAUUUUCUGAAGUGGGCCGAGGGAUGGAGAAAGAGGAUCGAUCUGUGGGGCAAUGAUUGGUAUCUUGCGCACAUUGUGAGGACGUUGAGGAGGAGCACGGCGCCGAGCCAUGUUGCGGUCCUGGGCGAUUUGCUGGGCAGCCAGUGGAUCUCGGAUGAAGAGUUUGAGAGGAGAGCCGAGCGGUAUUGGAAGAGGGUGUUUAGUGGCAUGGAGCGCGUCCCGGACGCCGUCAUGCUGGGAAAUGCGACGCAGGGGGAGAAGAAGUGGGGUGGCACGCUCGAGGUUCUGGGCGCAGACAGUAGCUGGGAGAACAGGGUGAUCAACAUUGCAGGCAAUCAUGAUAUCGGAUACGCUGGAGAUAUAGAUGAGGGCAGGAUCAAGAGGUUCGAAAAGGCCUUUGGUAAGGUCAACUGGGACAUUGUCUUUACGCUGCCGGAUUACCUACGUCCCACCGGUCCUCUCGAUGUAUCUGAAGCAACUCAAUCGAUGGCCGAGCUAUCUUUACAAGUCCCAGCCCUCCGCCUCGUCGUCCUCAAUUCGAUGAACCUCGACACACCCGCUUUCGUCGAAUCCCUCCAACGCGAAACCUACGACUUCAUGAACCACAUCAUCACGACAUCUCGUCCCGUAACCGACAAGACCCACGCUACAAUUCUGCUCACACAUAUCCCUUUCCACAAGGAAGCCACUAUCUGCGUCGACGCACCCUUCUUCGAUUUCUUCGAAGGCGGUUCGGGCGUCAAGGAACAAAACAUGCUGUCGGACUACGCGUCUAAAAUCAUACUAGAGGGAAUUUUCGGUCUGAACAGCAACCACGAGGCUGAAGGGCAGGGCUUCGGACGCCGGGGUAUUAUCAUCAAUGGGCAUGAUCAUGAGGGCUGCGACGUCUUGCACUACAUCACGCAACCGGGAGCUGCAAGCCAGUGCCCGCAAAACAUCGAUUUCGAGGAUAUACAUACGCCAUCGGACUUCCGCUCCAACGCCUCCUCUACGCCGGCUACAGCAGAGAACGCGGCAGGAGAGCGAUCCAUAAACGAAACUCAAACCGGCCAGGAGGCUGGGCCGCAAGAGGAAGAACAGCCGGAAACCCAGCGGCCGAAAUGGCAAGCCGUGCGCUUUCCACAUCCGCCUUUUGCAGUCACUUCAGACGGCUCCUGCGUCGCUCUAAACCACAUCCCGCACAUGCGCGAAAUCACGCUCCGCAGCAUGAUGGGCGAGUUCAGCGGUUCAGCGGGCUUUCUAUCCGCGUGGUUCGAUUCUACGUUGGGCGAAAAGGGCGCAUGGAAAAUGGAGUUCAACACUUGUAAGCUCGGGGUGCAGCAUUGGUGGUGGGCUGUGCAUGUGGUGGAUCUAAUCGUGCUAGUGGCACUCGUAGGCGGGGUUUUCGCAAGUGUGGCUAAGGGUAUGUGCAUGGGGGAUGUGAAAGAGAAGAGGAGGAGGAGGAGGAGUAGGGAGAAGGUGAUAAGAAGGCCGGUAGGGAGUGAGAAGAGAGCUGUUGCGAAUGGGCCUGCACUGGGGAAGGUUGGCGAGAAGCGCCGAGAGGGCCAUUCAGUAGCAUAGAAUACACUUAGAAUUAGCAUAGCGUGGUAUUGGUGUCUCUUCAACUUGGAACUUGUAUGAAAUUUGUGCAAGUUUAAUUAGUAGUAAGGAAUACACAGUGCGGUGUGGCCGUUCUAC